UUCUGGCCAUCCGAACCGAGAAGCCGAUUUUCUCCAACUCUCUCCGCACGCGAACGUCAGCACGAAUGGAGCUCUCCCUCUCUUCUCACCUCCUCGCCUGCAACUCCACUCCCUCAGCUCAGCCGUCGAAGGCCGCCGCUAGGGUUCCUCCGGCGAGCCUCUCCGGUAGCGCCUCUCGGAUCCGUCUCUUCUCCGCCGCCGGCAGCAAGAGCCGUAGCUCCAUGGGGGACUCGCCCGCUCGUAGUACGGUCGCCUUGUGUUCCGCCGCUCUCGAUCACAACGGAGCUUCCGUACCGGAAGCGCGUGCGAUCGGAACCGGUGGUCGGAUUGGGGAGGUGAAGAGGGUUACGAAGGAGACGAAUGUGUCCGUGAAGAUCAAUCUGGACGGGACCGGGGUCGCGGAUAGCAGCACCGGCAUUCCCUUUCUCGAUCACAUGUUGGAUCAACUUGCUUCGCAUGGGCUGUUCGAUGUGCAUGUAAGGGCAACAGGUGACAUACACAUUGACGAUCAUCACACGAAUGAAGAUGUUGCUCUUGCCAUUGGAACAGCCUUGCUGCAUGCACUUGGUGACAGAAAAGGGAUACACCGGUUCGGUGACUUUUCAGCUCCUCUAGAUGAAGCACUCAUUCACGUUGCACUGGAUUUAUCUGGCCGGCCGCACUUAAGUUUUGAUUUGCAAAUACCAACACAGAGAGUUGGAACAUAUGACACUCAGUUGGUGGAGCACUUUUUCCAGUCUUUGGUGAAUACUUCUGGCAUGACGCUUCACAUAAGGCAGCUGGAAAAAACUCACACCAUAUUAUUGAGGCAACGUUUAAAGCCUUUGCAAGAGCUCUUCGACAAGCUACAGAAUAUGACUUACGGCGCCAAGGGACUAUUCCAAGCUCAAAAGGGGUGCUAUCACGUACUUGAUGAGGCAGCCUCAUUUAGCACCGAAAAGUUUCUUUGGAGUUGGACUAUUUGGAUGAUGAUAACAAUGGCCAAGCGCAUCGUCUCCGCUUCACUCACUCACAGGGUCACGUGCAAGCAGGUCUUUGUUGCGGGUACCAAUUCUAAGGACAUCAGAGCUGUACUCAAGUCUUGAUCGAACAUACCCAGCAUGUUCAGCCGUAGGCCGGAUUUUGGCAAACUGGGCGAGGGAAGCUGACAAAUACACUACUUCCUAUACUCCAAGAGAGAGGGACAAGUUUUAAGGAAAAAUAAGAGCGGUAGUUCAGUCUCUAAUUAAUAAUAGUGGCAUCGAUAUUAAAGUUUAUCUUGACUGAUUUUCCCUCCUUGAGCAUGAUCUUGUCUAUGUGCACAACUUCUAGUAGGAAUAUACUGACAUCUUUGAUAUUAAUUUGAGAAUACGCAGGAUUGUAGAA